GUAAGUUAAUAUGUUUAGGGCGAGACAUCUCAUCCGUCCCACAUCUGCCAUCACCCUCGGGCAUCCAAACCCUAUUCUCUCCUCUCCAUCAUCUUCUUUGAAUGCAUACAAUUUUCCCACAGUUCGAAAUUACAUCAGAAAUCGAGACAGUAACUAUGUGAAUAGGUGUCCCAUGAACUUUGGCGUCCUUUUUGUGCCGGAAGCGGAAGCUUUCGUGGUCCAGCGGUGUGGAAAGUUCACCCAGAUUCUACCCCCUGGAAUCAAUUUCUUGGUUCCCUUCGUAGAUAAAGUUGCCUACGUGCAUUCCUUGAAGGAGGAGGUCAUAAGUGUUCCUGACCAGUCUGCUACCACCAAAGACAAUGUCGAAAUUAGGAUUGAUGCAGUGCUUUAUGUCAAGAUUGUGGAUGCUUAUAAGGCCUCAUAUGGGGGUGGCUCAUAUGGGGGUGGAAGUCCUAUUGUUUUAGCUAUUAACCAUGCCCAGGCAGUCAUGCGUGACGCAAUCGGACUUAUGACUCUUGACAGGACAUUUGAGGGAAGAAACUACCUGAAUGAGAAAAUAUUGGAGGCACUUAAAGGUAGUGAGAGCGAUUGGGGCUUAAGUUGCCUUAGAUAUGAAAUAAGGGAUAUAACUCCUCCACGUGCGGUGAGGCAAUCUAUGGAGAUGCAAGCUGAUGCAGAACGCAAAAAAAGAGCUCUAAUUCUUUCUUCCGAAGGAGAUAGACAAAAGACCCUUAACAAGGCAGAUGGAGACAAGACUAGAGAUAUUUUAGCAGCAGAAGCCAAAAAGAGAACUGUAUGUUUAGUAGGAGAAGGAGAAGCGCAAGCCAUCAAGGCUAAAGCAGAUGCAGAAGCGCAAGCCAUCAGGGCUACAGCAGAUGCAGAAGCUUACGCCAUCCGUGCUAAAGCAGCUGCAACAUCCGAAGGUAUUGCUCUCAUGUCAAAGAGACUCGAGGAAAUUGGGGGUAAAGAGGCUGCCGCUUUGACUAUUGCUGAGCAAUACGUUAAUGCCUUUGGAAAUAUCGCUAAAGAGGGCACAACUGUGUUGCUUCCAUCUGCUGCUUCAGAUCCUGCUAGCAUGAUCUCUCAGGCACUGAGUAUCUACAAAAGAUUGAGUGACAAACACUCCUCAUGACUUACGUGAAAUUUGCGAAGAGUGAAAUAGAUCAAGUUUGACAUGGCGAAUACCUCAAUAAGUAGAUUUCUUGGGCUUUUUUUGCCUGCAACUUCUC